AUGGCCAAGAAGAAGAAGCUGAGCGCGGAGGAGAAGGCCGCCAAGGCUGCGGAGAAGGCGGCCAAGGAGGAGGAGAAACGACGCAAGGCUGAGGAGAGGGCCAGGCGCGAGGAGGAGGCUCGACUCGCGCGAGAAGCCGAGGAUCGCGAGUUCGAACGCGAGGAGGCGGAGCGCGUCGCCGCGGAGGACGCGACGCUCGCGCCGACGCGCGAGGAGUCCGCGGGGUUCCACGCGCGCAGAGACGCCGCCCUGGCACGUAGAUCGCUGAACGCCCGGGACGAGUACGAGUGGGAACGAACGGCGCGAUGCGUGUCGACGCCCGAUCCCAGGGACGGCCGCGCGUUUGACGAGUGGGUCCACGUCGUCGACGCGACGCCGCCGCUCCCUUUCGCGGACGCGUUCGAGCUCAUGGAGACGUGCGAGUCGGUCGCGGGGGAGUGCGAGGCGUAUCGCGCGUGGGCGGCGGAGGAUGGCGACGACGAUUUACGCGCGGCGCUGAUUAUACGAAAGCGGGUGGCGAGGCGGCUGGCGGAGACGGUCGCGGAUAAGGCGACGGCGUCGUGCCUGGACCGCGCGAACGAGCACCAGGACGAAGAGACUGGGUAUGUCGGUUACGUCGCCGAUUUUAACGGGUUAGGCGAGUGGUGCGCGUUGUGGGCCAACCACGUGAAGAACCCCCGAAAGAAGACGAUUGACUUUCCUGGGUCGGCGGGGGAGUUCGCCGCCGAGCUCCCAAAGCAGGUGCUCACCGCGGCGGUGGCGAUGCGCGCACGACGUACCGCGGUGGACGCGCACUCGGAGCUGUGCGCCAACGAGCUGAUGGCGGUGAGCGGCGCGGGGAUUCUCUCGGUGGACCUUCUCUCGCUCCCGCCGCUGGCGACGACGAGGAAGGGCUGGACCGUCAAGCCGCGGUCGUCACUCACCGACGCGAUCGAGCGCGUGCGCUAUCCCAUACCUCGGCCCGACGACGACGACGACGACGCUCGAGGGGCGGCCACGCCCGCAGUGCGCAUCUCGCACGUCAUACCGCCCACGCUCGCGCUGGUGGACCCGCGACCGAGGGUGGCGUGGUGGGACGAAUCGAACCAAAAGUGGACCGAAGACGGCGUCUCCGACGUGAACGUCGAUUACGAUACCAUGCGCCUCAGCUUCUCCACUACCGUCCUCGAGCGGUUCGCGGUGGUGCAGUCGAGGGUGGCGAUGUUUCCGUACCGCUCGUGGCACGUUCGACCCGCACCGCCGGUUUCGAACGCGCGUGCGAGUAACGGGUCGGUGAUCAUCUCCGUCGAGACAAACUCGCCCGCGCUCGGCCAAACGCCGGUUGAGUUUGAGGUUGGCGACGGGUGGGCGCGGCUGGCGAACGCGGACGAGCUGCCCGCCCCGACGUUCGUCGCGCUGCGCGAGAUGCGCGACGUGAAGCUCCCGCCCGAGGCGCUCCUCGCGGAGCUGUCGCGCCGCGGGGUGCACCUGACGCCCGAGGCUCGCGACGCGCCCUUUGUGGAAAUAAGGUCGAACUCGGUCGCCGGCGGGGGCGGCGAGGGAAGCGGAACCGGGAUCGCGACGAAGGACCCGGCGAACGAGCGCGUCGCGUGCGAGGACGUCGGGAUCAUCGCCCCGGGGUACUUCGUGCACUCGAGCCGGUGGUGCGCGCGCGAGCCGUUCGGGGUUGGGGAUUUGGUAGUCAGGGUUGCGGAGGUUCGCGAUCCAUACCUGGUGGAUGCCGUCGACGUGCACAAGAUUUUCGCCAACGAGCACGACCCGCGCGAGUGGCGACCCGACCGGUACGACUGGGGCAUGAGGACGCUGCUGCGGAACGAGCGCGGGUGCACGUUCGUCGACGUCAAGGACUCGUACGUCUCGCUGGACGAUUCGCUCGAGGUGAUCGUGAGGGACGGUCGAGGCGAACGCGUCGGCGCGUCGGCGGUUCGCGCGCGCCGCGAGGGUCGAGACGAAGCGCUCCCGGCGCCGGUGUAUUACCCGGAUGCGAGGUCCACGCUCCGCGGGGAUAGCGGCAGGGGCGGGCGGGAACGGAUGGACGACGCCGCCGCGACGGCGACGGCGACGACCGCGGAGACGCUUCGGCUGCUGAGGGUGUUUUCGUUCACUCGCGAGCGCGAACCGGAACCGGAACCGGAACCCGAGCCCGAGCCGGAGCUGGAGCCGCAGCUGGAGCCGGUACCCGAGCCCGAGCUCGACGAGGAUGGAAACCCCGUCGAGAAACCCGCGGACGAGGACGGCGACGUCGACCCGGACGCAGAUGCUGCCGAGGAACGAGCCCCGCCGCCCGAGCCGAACCCGUGA